AGCGUCCGCUCCUCCGGGCCAGGCUCGGGGAGAGUCACGUGAGGGGCCCCAAAAAGGAGGCGGAGCAGCGGCUCUGUGGACGAGUCUGGCGAGGGAGGAGGAGGGCCCAGGGCCGGAAGUGAGGGAAGGCAGGCGCCGUCCUCCCACGCAGGAACGCGUCGCGUCGCCAUGGAGACCUCGUCUUCGCCGGCCUCCCUGCGCGGCCUGCUGGCCAUGGCGGACGAGGACUCGGAGCGCGAGAGCAGCGUGCUAGCGGGGGAGUCGCGGGAGCUGGGCGAGGAGCUCCGGCGGGAGCUCAGCCAGCUCUCCCUGAUCAGCCUCGCCGCCGCCAACCAGCAGGCCAGCCAUGAGAACGCUUUGCUGAAGCUCGAGACCGACAUGUUUGAGAAAUUCUUCAAUCGGAUGGAGCCGCGGGAAAGGUCUCUAGACAAGCGCGGCUCUUCGGUGGACAUGACGGGACAAAUGAUGUAUCUCCAGGCAAGGGCCAGGCGCAAAUCCCGGUCACGGAUCCCCUCGGAGCGCCUCAUCUGCCUGACGGUGGAGCAGAAGUGUGACCUGGCCCAGCGGGAGUUGGAUGAAACCAAGGAGGACAUCCAGCGCAUGAAGGAGAUCUCUGAGAAGGCCAUACAGAACUACCUGGCAGUCCUAGAGGAAGCCGACAUCCGCAGGAAGGACGUGAAGAAAGCCACGGUGGACUUUGACCGAGAGAUCAUCAGGACCAUCACCAAGAAGAAAGGGAGCAUCAUUGCCUCCAACAAGGUUCUGCGGUACAUGGAAGACCGGAUACGCUCCAGGGAUAUCCUGAAAGAGAAAAUCCGCUUGAAAAACGAUGCCCUCAAAGUCCAGAAGAAGAAGAUGCAGCUGCAGCUGAAACAGAAAGAGGAGCUGGGGGAGGCCCUUCACGAGGUGGAUUUCCAGCAGCUGAAGAUCGAGAACGCCCAGUUCCUGGAGAAGAUUGACGAGAGAAACCAGGAGCUGCUGCAGCUGAAGAUGAUGGUGGCCAGCACCUUGCAGGUCCUCAACUUCCACAGGAAGAAGCUCCAAGCGGCCACCGCCUUGGCCGCCCACGUGGUGAAGGACAUGGCCCAGAGGAAGGACAUCCUGGACAGAAUCGACCACGAAGCCAUCCUCGCUGAGCACGAGCGAGAAGUGGCCGAGGCCCUGAACCGGAGGCUCCGCCGGCAAAUGGCAGAGUACACAGUGCCGCCGGUGCUCAACUACGUCCGCCAGAAGAUGGCACUCCAGGAGCUCGGAGGCAACUUCCGCAUCUGGGAGAGGAAGGUGGAGAUCGCAGAGAUGACCCUGCAGAGCUACCGCAGCACUUGGCACAAGGCGAAGAUGGCCAGCCAGGAGCUGCACACCCUCCUCCCGGAGAAACAAGCCAGCAGCCAGAUGCAGGUCCAAGGGGGGCCCUGAAACACUGGGGUCCCAAGGGCCUGGCCUCCAAGGAGAGCACGCAUGUGGCCUUCCUCCUUGGGAAUGCCUGGAGUGGGAUUAUAGACUUCGGAGUCUUCAUGCAUCGCCUCAAGACCCCCAAGUUAUUCCCUUUCAGUUUAAAUUGAUUUUAUCUCAUCUUAUAUGGCUGCAUCUCAACAAUUUCUAUAUACAUAUAGUAGUCUUUACGAUCUCCGUCUCAAUAUUUAUAUUUCACCAAUCCACCCCCUUACCUUGCAUUUUUGUUUUGAUUCUGCCAAAAAUUCUCCAUUCAUUCAUCCCAAUCCAUUCUCAAUAUUCUUCUUGUACACCAGGCCAGUGCACAAAUAGGAAAUUAUUUAAGUUGAGCAUUUUUCCCCAUAUAAAUGGACCCCUAUGAUGCAUUUUGUGUGGGUUUUUUUCUUUCUAUAUGAGCAAGAAUAGCAAACAGCAUUUUUCCUUGUUUUGGGUAGGGUGUAGCACUUUUUGUUUUUCCUCAGUCUGGAUAUAAGUUUAUAUUAAAUUCCCUGGUCCAGUCACAUCCACAAUUGAUAAAACAUUUGCUUUUCAAGCUGUUCGUGUGUUGGAGGGGGAGGAAGUGUUUAUUAUUUCACUCUUGCUUAGUUUUUUUCUUUUAUUAUUGUUCCUUAAUACAUUUUCAUCACAUUUUAUACAAACAUUUGUACAGUAAAUCCCAUUAUUAUUAUUAUUAUUAUUAUUAUUAUUAUUAUUAUUAUUAUUAAUAAUAAUAAUAAUAAUAAUAAUAAUAAUAAUAAUAAUAAUAAUAAUAAUAACUUUAUUUUUAUAUCCCGCCUCCAUCUCCCCGAAGGAACUCGAAGCGGCUUACAUCUGGAUAAGCCCAAUCCAACAAAGAUUAAAAUCAAACAUAGAUUAAAACAUAUCUCAAUAAAAUCAGUACAAAUGUACACUUCUUUUUGCUUGGUGUAAGUACAUCUAGGACAUUUUGUAUCCAGCAUUCCUAGACAUUAUCCAUUUUAUUUGUUUAUAUCUGAAUCUUUUACAUAUUAUCGUUUUUAAGGAAACAAUAAUAAAAAAUAAAGAAAAAUAAAAUAAAGCUAUGUUAUCCCCCAUCACCCACCUCCCUGACCACAUUUUCUACUAUAUUGUUAUUUUUAGCCAUGUGCACAGUUCUCUUACUUUCUUUAUAAUGUGUGUAUUGGUUAUUAUUAUCAUUAUUAAUUUCUAUCUUGCUUUUUCCCUGUGGGUGGGAUUCAAAGAGGCGUACAAAGGACCCAUUCUGUAUAUGUCAUCCAUUUGUUUUUUCUUUCCUCUAUUUCUCCCCUUGUGCAUCCUUCUUUGUUACACUUGUCAUAAUUUGGAAUUAAACCUGUUCAUAUAGGGAA